AUGGCGACUACAAUGGUGAACGGCCAUCAUGAUAUUGACGUUCCAGCACCGCCUGUUGACCCUGUCUCAAGACCACAGACCCCUCCGCCUCCGCCUCUCGCGGCAACCAACCCUCCUCCACCACCGCCAACUGCAGACAUUGCGCCGCCUCCACCUCCAUCCGACAUCAGUGUUCCUCCUCCGCCGCCCGAAAGCGUACCGCCACCGCCGAGCGAUGACGCAGAGCCACCCGUCACUGGAUCGAAACCUCUUCAACCACCCAAGAAGAAAGGUUGGGGAUCCAGCAAGCCGGCCAAGGCCACGCCACUGAGCGUGGAAGAACUAUUGAAGAAGAAACGAGAGGCUGAUCUUGCUGCCAGCAAGCCGAAGUUCUUGUCGAGGGCGGAACGUGAGCGUCUGGCGUUGGAAAAGCGUGCGAAAGAAGUCGAGGCGGCCGCAGGCGCAAAGCCUCAAAAUGGCAUUCUUCGAGAUGACUUUGAUGGCACCUCCAAGGAAUCCGAGCGGUCGCAUGCCCGCUCAAUCCCGAAUGGGCCGAAAGCUACACGCAACGGAGACAUCCCAACAGGUCCCGCUGCAAUGCGGUCGAGGGACCACAACAGAGGUGUUGAUCUGACACCGCCCGCACCUCCGAAACCUAUAGCAUUCGGUCAGGAUUCAAAGACGAAAAAGCGACAGGCAGACGAGGGCUCGUCAGAUACGGUAGAGACCGAUUUGAUACGACAGAGAUAUAUGGGUGCCAACACAAAUGUGUCGACAUUUUCCGCACUUAAGAAGAGACGGCGGACGACAGAAAAGAAAUUUAAUUUCGAAUGGAACACUGAAGAAGACACGACUCCGGACUACAAUCCGAUCUACAACGACCGAGCACAGCCUACAUUCUUCGGCCGUGGCCGACUGGGAGGAUUUGACGACCAACUUGCAGAGGAUGCUGCGAGGAAAUAUGCCGAAGCGUUACAGUCGAGAGAUGGCGAGGCUGGAGCCGCACGCGCCCAAGAGAUCCUCGAGAUGGAACGGAGGAGGAAAGAAGAGUCGAACCGAAUGGCGAUUGAUAAGCACUGGAGCGAGAAGAGGUUGGAUCAGAUGCGGGAACGAGAUUGGCGAAUCUUCAAAGAAGACUUCAACAUCAGCACCAAAGGAGGAGGCAUCCCCAACCCGAUGCGGAAUUGGCAAGAGUCGGGACUGCCACGGCGGUUAUUGGAGAUCAUCGAGCAAGUGGGAUACAAGGACCCUUCGCCGAUUCAAAGAGCCGCCAUUCCCAUCGCCCUCCAGAAUCGAGAUCUCAUUGGUGUUGCCGUGACUGGAUCCGGUAAGACAGCGGCCUUCCUCCUACCCCUGUUCGUCUACAUCUCGGAACUACCACGUCUGGACGAAGACGAGACACGCCGAAACAAUGGACCUUACUCGAUCAUCCUCGCCCCGACGCGUGAAUUGGCGCAACAAAUCGAGAUUGAGGCUCGAAAGUUCGCCACUCCACUCGGCUUCACCGUGGUAUCCAUCGUCGGUGGCCACUCCAUCGAAGAGCAGGCAUACAACCUCCGCAACGGCGCGGAGAUCAUCAUCGCCACCCCCGGCCGUCUCGUGGAUUGUAUUGAUCGACGCAUCAUUGUGCUCGAACAAUGCUGCUACGUGAUCAUGGAUGAAGCAGAUCGCAUGAUCGACCUCGGGUUCGAAGACCCUGUGAACCACAUCCUCGACGCCCUCCCCGUGGGCAACGAGAAACCGGACACGGAAGCGGCCGAAGACGGUCGAGCCAUGUCGCAGCCCAUCGGCGGCAAAGACCGCUACCGACAGACGAUGAUGUACACGGCCACCAUGCCGGCCGCCGUGGAACGCAUUGCCCGGAAGUACCUGCGGCGCCCUGCGAUCGUGACGAUCGGCAACGUCGGCGAGGCGGUCGAGACGGUCGAGCAGCGCGUCGAGUUCGUCGCGGGCGAAGACAAACGCAAGAAGCGGCUGCAACAGAUCCUGGCGUCAGGCGAGUUCCGCCCGCCCAUCAUCGUCUUCGUCAACAUCAAGCGCAACUGCGACGCCGUGGCGCGCGACAUCAAAUCCAUGGGCUUCAGCUCCGUCACGCUGCACGGCUCCAAGACGCAAGACCAGCGCGAGGCCGCGCUGCAGUCGGUGCGCGACGGCAAGACCGACGUCCUGGUCGCCACCGAUCUGGCCGGUCGCGGUAUCGAUGUCCCCGACGUCUCGCUCGUCGUCAACUUCAACAUGGCCAACAACAUCGAGUCGUAUACCCAUCGUAUCGGCCGUACCGGUCGUGCCGGCAAGAGUGGUGUCGCCAUCACCUUCCUCGGCAACGAGGAUGCCGAUGUCCUCUAUGACCUCAAACAGAUGCUGAUGAAGAGCAGUAUCAGUCGUGUCCCGGAGGAGUUGAGGAAACAUGAGGCCGCCCAGCAGAAGAGCCAACGUAGUGCCGGUGGCGGCGGUACGGCCAAAAAAUCUAUCACUGCCAGCGAUGAGAGCGGUGGAUAUGGUGGGAAAGGGGGCGGAGGCGGCGGUGGUAGCAAUGGGUAUGGAGGAGGAGGUGGUGGUGGUGGCGGUGGUGGUGGAUACGGUGGGAGAGGAGGCGGCGGCGGCGGCGGCGGCGGCGGCGGUGGUGGAUGGUGA